AUGAUGACAGCAGCAAUUCUCAUCAAAAAAGAAGAGUCAAAAGCUGAUCAGACAAGCCAGGAUCACUCAGUUCAAGUACUACCCUUUGGCAAAACUGGCGAGACAAUUGAUAGGAACGCUCCUCUAGUCAACUUACCACUCAAUGGGCUUGCGAUCCAAAGCAUGAUAGCAAAAUGUUACAAUGUGAUCCACUUCACUCCACUUCAACAACAUGGAGAAAGUGGUAGCCCUUAUAAUAUCUUUGAUCAAUUGUUGUUGAAUGGUAUCUAUAGAAUAAUUUGA